UCAGCUUGAAGUGUCAUCACUAAAGAGGCAACUUGACAGUCAACAGGAGCAUUGGUCGGAGAAGAAUAAAUUUCUAUCAUCUGAACUUGCACACAAGAGUGAUACUUUUGAGAGUGAGCGUAGACAAUUAGCGGAUCAAGUAAAACAGCUCACUGCAGAGUUAGACAAAAUGAGGGAGCAAGUAACAAAGAAAUCACAUGAUGUAUUGAAAGUAAAGCGAGAAUUGGGAGAAGUAUCACUUGAAAAAGAGGAAUUACAGACACGACUCAGUCAAUCCCAAGAAAGGUUGACGUCAAAAGAGAGACUACAGCAACACAGAAGUUUUGAUGACAUGGAUUUACAAGAUGGGUUACCAAACAGCAGAAGAAGCAGUAUUGAACUUGAAUUUGAUUUACACAAAGAAUUACAAAACAGACCUGCAUCCCAUUCUAGGAUCUAUAAUCACUAUCAUCAACAACCUCCAUCUGGCUUGUCAAGAUUUGAAGUUGAACAGAUGCUUUUGGAUCUGAGCAGACAAAUUCAAAAACAACUGGAUCAACAAAAAGAUGUACUGAAAAAUCAAAGUGGAGCAGAUGAAAAUAAAAAGCUAGCUCAGCUAGAGAAUGAUUUGUCAAUGGAGAAAGCGUUCCGAGCUGUGGAAAAACUACAAAUACAGGCAUUACAUGAUGAGAUGAAUGGUUUACGACAACAUCUACAGAACAUUAGGAAGUCUAGAGAUACCCUGGCAUCUGAAAGGAAUCAGCAACGAGUAUUGACUAGGAUGGAUGAAAUAAACAAUUUAAUUGCCCAGUCACAUACCCGUGCCCAAACCAUGGCGUUCACCAGUAUGGGGGUAUCAGUGUUAGACAAUCCUAUUAUGAGAAUGAAUUCCAGAGAAUUUAUACAACAUUUACAGUCAGAGUCACCAUUCAAAACACAAUUCACGGAGUGA